GCUGGGCCCGAGGCGCCCCAGCGCGCAGGCGCGGACUUCAUGCUGAGCGCUUUGUCUCGCGCCGUGGCCCGCGCCGCCGUGCGCUGUGCGCGUAGUCCCGGGCCGCUCGAGGCUCGCACCGCGGCCGCCGCUGCCGCCAUGUCCCGACCCCCGAGGGCCAACUCUGGCUCCCCGGCCCGGCCCGACACAGUUCUGGGCACCAUGGAGAUGGGGCGCCGCAUGGACGCGCCCGCCAGCGCCGCGGCCGUGCGCGCCUUCCUGGAGCGCGGCCACACCGAGCUGGACACGGCCUUCAUGUACAGCGACGGCCAGUCCGAGAGCAUCCUGGGCGGCCUGGGGCUCGGGCUGGGCGGCGGCGACUGCAGAGUGAAAAUCGCUACCAAGGCCAAUCCCUGGGAAGGGAAUUCACUGAAGCCUGACAGCCUCCGGUCCCAGCUGGAGACAUCACUGCAGCGGCUACAGUGCCACCAGGUCGACCUCUUCUAUUUACACGCGCCUGACCACAGCACCCCCGUGGAAGAGACGCUGCGCGCCUGCCACCAGCUGCACCAGGAGGGCAAGUUUGUGGAGCUUGGCCUCUCCAACUAUGCCGCCUGGGAGGUGGCCGAGAUCUGCACCCUGUGCAAGAGCAACGGCUGGAUCCUGCCCACCGUGUACCAGGGCAUGUACAACGCCACCACCCGGCAGGUGGAGACGGAGCUCUUCCCCUGCCUCAGGCACUUUGGACUGAGGUUCUACGCCUACAACCCUCUGGCUGGGGGCCUGCUGACCGGCAAGUACAAGUAUGAGGACAAGGAUGGAAAACAGCCUGUGGGCCGCUUCUUUGGGAACAGCUGGUCUGAGACCUACAGGAAUCGCUUCUGGAAGGAGCACCACUUCGAGGCUAUUGCCCUGGUGGAGAAGGCCCUGCAGGCUGCGGAUGGCACCAGCGCCCCCAGCGUGACCUCGGCCGCCCUCCGGUGGAUGUACCACCACUCCCAGCUCCAGGGCGCCCACGGGGACGCGGUCAUCCUGGGCAUGUCCAGCCCGGAGCAGCUGGAACAGAACUUGGCGGCCGCUGAGGAAGGGCCCCUGGAGCCGGCCGUCGUGCAGGCCUUUGAUCAGGCCUGGCACCUGGUUGCCCACGAAUGUCCCAACUACUUCCGCUAGGCCCCAACACGGCUCAAGCCGCCAGAGGGUUUCUUCCUUUUCUGUCACCUCUUCUCCUCUCACCCUGGCCGGUCUUUGCCUUGAGCUGAUUUAGCAUGGUCGUCCUCCACUGUCUGGAUCAUGCAUUAUUUUUCUAGAACCCCGCCUCCCUCCCGGUUGCCUUCACAGUGUGGAAAGUCUGGCGCUGAGCCCCGUUCAGGCAUUUCCCAUCUGAAUAAAGCAGGCACUUGACCUGGCUGUAGCCCAGGCCCGAAGCGAACCUCACAAA